ACUUUAGGUUAGGUCAGUUUAGAAAGAGAGAAAAAUGAAGACCAAUCCAACUUCAGCCCUGUGGCCAGCAGUGUAAUCCCUCCCAGGAGCAGAGUGCGCUCAGGGAGCCUGGGCUGCUAAAUGCUCCGGCUUCAGAGGGACAAUGGUGGAGGGCUGGUAAAGAUGGCGGCUCUCUCCGAGGAUGGGAGGUACGGAUUAAAUUGUGGCCAACAGGGCGCCGAAAGAGUAUCCGUACUACACGUCAAGUUGACCGAGACGGCGCUGAGAGCGAUAGAAAACUACCAAAGUAGUUCGAAUAUACCAUCUUCAAGGCCAACAGUACAAUUCAAGGGACUUCAAGGGCACAUUAAAAUUCCCAGGACUGACUCCUCCGUCGCCUUCCACAACUUUGAUUUCUACCUGUCUAAUGUGGGCAAGGACAACCCUCAGGGAAGCUUUGAGUGCAUCCACCAGUAUGUGUCCAGCUCGGGGGCCUCACACCUGGCAUUGUUGGCGACCGUUCAGGACAAGGUCACAGUGUGCGCCACCAAUGACUCCUACCAGGUGACCCGGGAACGUAUGACCCAGGCCGUGGAGGACACGCGUGAACGGGGGACCAAAGUCAUCAAGCCUGGGGGGCAAUACCGAGGAAAGCAGGUGCACACUCGUAAGCCAGCACUGUCAGCCCCGGAUGUAGUCCCAGAGCGCAAACGCUCCACGCCUAUCAACCCAGCCAACACUAUACGCAAGUGCCUUUCCAACAACCCCGUAUCUCAGAGGCCCCUCCGGGACCGCAUCAUCCACCUGCUGGCGCUCAAGUCCUACAAGAAGCUGGAAGUGCUGGGCCGUCUGCAGCGGGACGGUAUCAACCAGAAGGACCGAAACUCACUGGGGACCACCUUGCAACAAGUGGCAAACCUGAAUCCCAAAGACAACACUUACUCGCUGAAGGAGUUUAUAUAUCGCGACGUGCAGCGGGAAUGGCCUGGCUAUUCUGAGGAUGAGAAGAUCCAAGCUGACCGGAUUCUAGCCCGCAAACUGGGUCUCCCUACUGAGAGAGUCUCAUCAAACAGUUCGCCUAAAGACGGUUUCCCUUCAUCCCCGCAGAAGCGCCAGGCAGACUUCGACUUCAUCGAUCCUCUGGCUCCCAAGAAAGCCCGCAUCUCUCACCUCAGCAGCCGAGGGCCCGCAGCCUCGUCCUCCGACCGCCGCGAGGACGAGAGCAGCCCCCGCUCCAAACACUCGUCCCUGCCCCCCAGCGUGACCUCAGGGCCUCCCACCCAUCUCCCCAUACCUUCCCACCCGCCGGCGCCGUCGCACCAGCAGCUCAGCCCAGCCUCCAACUCCAACUCCCCCAGCACCCCAGAAGGCUGCGGCACUCAGGACCUGCCCAUGGACCAGAGCUCUUCCUGCAGAGACCCCUCGCCGAGCCCCUUCUCCCGCUCCCUGCAGGAGCGCUGUCAGCACCCGGCCCCCAGAGCAGCCGCCUCUCCCAGCCCGCCCCCCUGCACCUCUCUCACAGUUACCUCCACUGUUGUCACCAGCCCUCCUUUGUCUAGCAGUACAAGUAAGAAAUUCAAGAAGAAAUCCAAGAAGCACAAAGACAAGGACCGUGAGAAGGCCAAAGGGAAACAAACGGAAAGAUCCUGCAGCAGCAGUUCUCCUGUUACGGCGGUGGAGGAGAGUCACAGGGUGAGAAAGAGGCGCAGCGCUGAGGAAGUCAUCGAGGAAGCUGUUGAAAAAAAUCCUUACAAAGAUCAAGUCAAAGAGAAGCCAGUCCACUCCUCUGAAUCUUCUUCCAAAACUGAUAUGCCCGACUAUGUAGUGAAGUACGCGCCGCUGGCGUCUCUCAACCAGAGACAAAGCUACAAAGACGACUUCAACGCAGAAUACGACGAGUACCGUCAGCUGCACGCCCGCGUGGAGGGCAUCACCAGGCGCUUCACUCAGCUCGACGCUCAGUGUAGGAAGCUGGUUCCCGGCACCAAGGAGCACCAGAAAGUGCAGGAAGAGGUCUUGAAAGAGUACAAAAAGAUGAAACAACACAAUCCUAACUACCAUGAAGAGAAACAGCGCUGUGAAUACCUGCACAACAAGCUGGCCCACAUCAAGCGACUAAUAGCUGAUUUUGACCAGCGCAGAGCCCAGGCCUGGUGCUGAGAAUCCAGCACCGAUCAGUAUUGUGAACGGAGUGUCAAACCAGGGUGGGAGUGACCAAACCUGCUCUUAUUUAUUUAACGCCUCUUCAUUUCCUGCCCCUACGUCCUUUUCUCUCUCUCUCUCUCUCCCUAUUCCUUUCAUCCUUCAUUCCCUCCCUCUUUCUUUGAUUCCACAGGCUCAUUAAUAGCCUG